AUGUUUUUCUUAGAACCUAAAAAAUUAAGCAGCUCUUGGACUGAAAGCUCAUCUACAAGCAUAACGAGCCAUACAAGAACACCAAAACAAAUGGAUUCUGAACCGACCUUCAAGCAGGAAACGCCUCAAGCAGUUGAAACGAGCAGAAUUGACGUCACAGAGACCAUUGGAGGCUCCCAAACCCGUAAAUACCUUAACGAACACAUAACACCGGCGCUACUGCGUGGAAUGCGACUUGUAGCAAGGACGAAACCGGACGAUCCGCUUCGGUUUUUGGGAGAAUUUCUAGUGCGAGAGAGCGACCAGAAAAGCUCUGACAGCGUUGGUGGUGGUGAGGUCUCGGAGAAAGCCAAUGGUAGCCCCGAAUCAGCAAACUGA